AUGGAACAAGGAGCAGCACCCUCCUCCUUCCGCACUCGGCAGAAGGAGCAGACCGACUGGACUUGCGCUGUCUCUACACCCGCAACUUGCUCUGCUACAGGUACACCAUCACGACAGUCCUUGCCUCGCCCUUUGAGCUUGCUUCAGAACGACACCUCCUCUUCCUCCUCCUCAUCCGCUCGCACAGACGAUGGCCGACGAGCUUCUUUCACCGCUCCCAAACCGCUAAGUCUCGGGUCGCAAUCGGUAACCACGCCAACGACAGCUUCCGCAAGCACAAGCGCAUUCGAUACUCCGAGAAGAGGCAAACGCACCAGUCUCUCUUACAUCUCUUCCCCCUCCACAUCCUCAGCCAGUGGUCGAACACGCACAGGAUCCAUCUCCCGAACUGCAAGAGGCUCACGCAGAAGACCUUCCCAAGCGAGCGAUACAGCAGCAGACGAUUGGUUGAUGAGCGAAGAUGACACUUCUUUUUCGCUACCUGCUGCGGCAAGAGCUAUGGCUGAGAGAGAUUCGGCAAAAGUCGAGGCUCAGUUUCAUGAUACUGGCUACAGGGAAGGCAUAACAGCAGGAAAGCUUUCAACGCUGCAACAAGGUUUCAAUACGGGCUUUAACGAGGUAGGUGCUCUUCUUGGUCGUCAGCUUGGUCAGUUGCGUGGUCAAGUGGCUGCUCUUCUAUUUCUUACCUCCACCCUCAUCCCGGACUCUACCUCUACCUCUACCUCUACCUUUGCUGGCAACACUUGUCGGGCUCGACGUGUUGCGAUGUCGCCUUCUGCUGGAUUCGUAUUGCCGCUGUUGAAGCAUCCACAAUUAGAACAAGCUAGACGGGAGUUGGAAGAGUUGGCAAAGGAGUUGGAUGGGGUGACGCUGGAAAAGAUCGCCGAACCAGAUUAUGAAGCGCUGGAGCAUGAGAGGGAGCAUGCCGCAGAAGACGGCGGGGGUGGGGGAGGGGAGGCAGUCAAAAGGCAGACAGAGGAAGAGAGGAGAGAGAGGGUGGCGGUGUUGCAGCGCUUAGAGGAACGGGUGCACCAAGUGAGGCCGAUAAAUGGCAAGUCCAAAGACAAGCGAACCUCAGGCUCAGCCUCGCUCGAUUCCACCGCCACCACCGACCCUACCAAUUCCCUCUCCGCAGCAACGCUCUCCGCAGCAACGCUCUCCUCAGCAACGCUCUCCUCAGCAACGCUCUCCUCAGCAACGCUCCUCGGUCUCAUAGCCGAAAAAGAACGUCGUCUGUUCGAACUGCGGGAAGAACUUUCCACCACCGAAACUCAACUCCACCGCCUCCGCAGCACAUGGCAGCGUUCAGCAACUCGCGAACUCGGACUUGCCCAAUCAACUUGCAUCCUCGCCGCUUCGAAUGGAUCGCAUAAGAGGGAUGGAAGCGAUUCAGUAGCUGAUGCAUGGGGAACUCUCAAAUCGGGCCUCAACAAUUUUUUGGACUCGAUCGCAAAUGCACCUCCUGCAUCAGCACCAGCGCCGAUAGAGAAAGAUUGCAAUUUACUCGGUCCAACAGGGUUGGGGGUACUGGAAGAGGAAGCGAGUGAUUUAGGUAGUGCAGCUCUCUCUCCACGGUCGCCUAGAUCUCCUUCGGGGGUGGGGGUGGAGGUGGAUGAGGGAAACAAGUUGCUUGGCUUUAGUGUCGAUAGUAAUGGUUUAGCUCAUUUGGGUGGGCAGGGGGAGGAGAGAGUGCCGCAGAGGCCGCCAAAGACAGAACAGAUCCCAAGCUCGGGUAAAUGGAGUUCUCGUCGAACCUCUGUGCUUGGUUCGUUGAGUAAUCUUCAAUCGAAACUCACAGAUACUACCACAACAAAGGAAAGCAACGAUGGAGGCGGAAGUGGGGGAGGGGGUUGGUUAGCGAGACGGUUCAGAGAAGCACAACAAAAUGCAUCCGAUCUACUCAAAGAAGCGGAACGGAAACUUGGCGAUGCUAUGAACCUCGAUGAUCUCUUAGGCGUUACCCCUAGCCCAGCUGCCUCUACGAAUUUGCAGGCUAGAUCUACAUCUCCACAUAUAACACUGGAAGAAGCAUCGUUUGAUAGCAACCCCACUCCUUCGCCUUGGUAUGCUGCUGCGGGAGGCCUACCUCGUCGAACUGCCGAUCGUUCACCAAGCCUAAAUGCAGCAGACGGGCAGGGUAGGUUGAGCAUCUCCACAACCUCCAGUCGUGGGUCCGGGAGAAGGAGCUUAGACGUUGGCGGAAGGAAAGGCGCAAAUUCUCCGAAUCUAUCGCACUCUCCUCCGGUGGGGGGCGCACCUGGAUCAGCAGGUGUAUUCGGAUUGUUUAUGGGCAAAAACAGUUGCUCCUCAGAUCUGCCUGGGAAACCAAGUAGUGGUGAUUGGCCUGAUUGGUAUUGGCCCGCAAACGACGACGAUCAAGACGAAUCUAAAAGCAACAAGAACCGAGAAUCGCUCGUGUCAAUUACACUAGAAGACACGGCGAAAGCAGAGGAAUAA